AUGACUGUAUGCCCCAAACCUAAAACAGCACCACGAUACUUCAUCCUUGAGGCUUACACACCUGCAGUCCAAACUAACAAGAGAAAACAUCUACAUGGCACGGCAGGAGUCUUUGAAAUGUCUCUUUGCAGUUGCCUGGACACAGAACAGACUGGUAGAGCAGGGAGGCAGCGGAGAAAGGGUGAAGACAGGAACUCCAGCCUCUUUCAUUCUGUCUCAAUAUGUCUCAAGAUGGCGGCCAAUGUGGGAUCGAUGUUUCAAUAUUGGAAGCGCUUUGAUUUACAGCAGCUGCAGAGAGAACUCGAUGCCACAGCAACAAUAUUGGCUAACCGACAAGAUGAAAGUGAGCAGUCUAGGAAAAAACUUAUCGAGCAAAGUCGCGAGUUCAAGAAAAACACUCCAGAGGACCUUCGCAAACAGGUAGCUCCAUUACUGAAGAGUUUCCAAGGAGAGAUUGACGCAUUGGGUAAAAGAAGCAAAGAAGCAGAGGCAGCCUUCUUGAAUGUUUAUAAGAGAUUAAUUGAUGUUCCAGAUCCAGUUCCAGCCUUGGAUUUAGGACAGCAACUUCAGCUCAAGGUUCAACGUAUGCACGAUAUUGAAACAGAGAACCAGAAACUUAGGGAAACUCUAGAGGAAUACAACAAAGAAUUCGCUGAGGUGAAAAAUCAGGAGGUUACAAUAAAAGCACUUAAAGAGAAAAUCCGAGAAUAUGAACAGACCCUGAAGAACCAAGCUGAGAAUAUAGCUCUUGAAAAAGAACAAAAAUUACAAAAUGAUUUCGCAGAGAAGGAGAGAAAAUUGCAGGAGACACAGAUGUCGACAGCCUCGAAGCUGGAAGAAGCCGAACACAAAGUUCAAGCUUUGCAAACAGCCUUGGAAAAAACCAGAACAGAACUAUUUGAUCUGAAAACAAAAUAUGAUGAAGAAACUACUGCAAAGGCUGAUGAAAUCGAGAUGAUCAUGACAGACCUUGAAAGAGCAAAUCAGAGGGCAGAGGUGGCUCAGAGAGAGGCAGAGACCUUAAGGGAGCAGCUCUCGUCAGCUAACAAAUCUCUCCAACUCGCUACGCAGAUCCAGAAGGCACCUGAUGUGGAGCAGGCCAUCGAGGUGCUAACACGGUCCAGCUUGGAAGUAGAAUUGGCCGCAAAGGAGCGGGAAAUUGCCCAGCUCGUAGAAGAUGUCCAGAGACUACAGGGCAGCCUCACCAAGCUGCGGGAGAACUCCAGCAGCCAAAUCUCACAGCUGGAGCAGCAGUUAACCGCCAAGAACAGCACGCUUAAACAACUGGAAGAAAAACUGAAAGGACAGGCUGAUUAUGAAGAGGUUAAGAAAGAAUUAAAUAUAUUGAAAUCCAUGGAGUUUGCACCAUCUGAAAGCUCUGGUGCGCAGGAUGCAUCUAAACCGCUGGAGGUGCUGCUGCUGGAGAAGAACCGCUCCUUGCAGUCUGAGAAUGCCACGCUGCGUAUCACUAAUAGUGACCUGAGUGGGUCAGCCAGGAGAAAAGGGAAAGACCAGCCUGAGAGUCAGCGUCCUGCAACCUUGCCGGCCUCCCCUCCUUCUCAGUUGCUCCGCAACGCGGGGGAGCAGGCUUCCAAUACUAAUGGUACACACCAGUUCUCACCAACGGGUUUAAGUCAAGACUUUUUCAGCUCAUCCCUGGCAAGCCCCAGCUUACCCCUGGCCUCCACAGGAAAAUUUGCACUAAACUCUCUCCUCCAGCGACAGCUAAUGCAGUCCUUCUACUCCAAGGCAAUGCAGGAAGCAGGAAGCACAAGCAUGAUUUUUUCAACAGGUCCUUACAGCACAAACUCCAUCUCUUCCCAAAGUCCAUUACAACAAAGUCCGGAUGUAAAUGGCAUGGCCCCCUCUCCCAGCCAGUCAGAAAGUGCUGGGAGCAUCUCCGAAGGCGAGGAGAUAGACACAGCCGAAAUUGCACGUCAGGUGAAAGAGCAGUUGAUCAAGCACAAUAUUGGACAGCGGAUAUUUGGACAUUAUGUGUUGGGACUGUCACAAGGGUCUGUGAGUGAGAUACUAGCCCGGCCAAAGCCAUGGAAUAAACUGACUGUGAGAGGCAAGGAGCCAUUUCAUAAGAUGAAGCAGUUCCUCUCGGACGAGCAGAACAUCUUGGCUCUUCGCAGCAUCCAGGGUAGACAAAGAGAGAAUCCAGGCCAGAACCUGAACAGACUAUUUCAGGAAGUACCGAAACGAAGAAAUGGGUCUGAAGGUAAUAUAACCACACGAAUCCGAACCACAGAGACUGGCUCUGAUGAAGCCAUCAAAUCCAUUCUUGAACAAGCCAAAAGGGAGCUGCAAGUACAGAAAACAGCUGAGCCGGCUCAGCCGCCUUCUGCAUCUAGCAGUGGCAAUUCUGAUGAUGCUAUUCGAUCCAUUCUGCAACAAGCCCGACGCGAAAUGGAGGCACAGCAGGCUGCCCUUGAACCUGCCUUAAAAACAACACCUUUAUCUCAAGCUGACAUUUCUAUCCUGUCCCCCAAACUAGUAUCUACACCUGCAAUGUCUUCGGUUUCCAGCUAUUCUCCUUUGGCCAUAUCCCUGAAGAAACAUUCAUCUGUCACUGAUUCCAGUAUCUCUGCAUUGCAGAACCUCUCUGGGCUCAAAAAGGAGCCUCAGGAGGCACCUGUUUUAGAGCUUCAUGGAAUAAGUGAUUCUGCCCAGGGUAUGUUGAGGCAUGUUAAAAAUGAGUUGGGACGUGGUGGUGUUUGGAAGGACCAUUGGUGGAAUACUGUGCAGCAUGAGAGAAGAAAUCUUCCCGAAGAUAUAAAAGUUGAGGAAGCCAGUGGUGGAAAAGAAAAGGUCAGCAAUCAGACUAGGCCAGAUCGUAGCCAGCUCCAAGGACCAUCUUCUUCAGAGUAUUGGAAAGAGUGGCCAAACGCUGAAUCUCCGUACUCGCAGAGUUCUGAAUUGAGCAUGACUGGGGCGAGUCGCAGUGAGACACCACAAAAUAGCCCCCUCCCUUCAUCCCCUAUCGUGUCCUUGUCAAAGCCAUCCAAACCUUCAGUUCCUCCACUGACACCUGAGCAGUAUGAGAUUUAUAUGUACCAGGAAGUGGAUACAAUAGAACUAACGCGUCAGGUCAAAGAAAAGCUAGCAAAGAAUGGCAUCUGCCAAAGGAUCUUUGGGGAAAAGGUAUUGGGGCUGUCCCAAGGAAGUGUCAGUGACAUGCUCUCCAGGCCAAAGCCAUGGAGUAAAUUGACACAAAAAGGCCGAGAACCAUUUAUUCGUAUGCAGCUCUGGUUGAAUGGUGAGCUGGGACAGUGUGUCCUGCCUGCACAAGGGCAGCAACAAGGACAAGUCCUUCACUCUGUGACAUCAUUACAGGAUUCCCUACAGCAGGGAUGUGCAAGCUCAGAAAGCACUCCAAAGACUUCUGCCAGUUGCAGUCCUGCUCCUGAAUCUCCUAUGAGUUCCAGUGAAUCAGUGAAAAGCCUGACUGAAUUGGUACAGCAGCCCUGUCCCACUAUAGAGACAAGUAAGGAUGGCAAAUCCCAAGAAUCUAGUGAGCCGCCUGCUUCUGAAUCCCAGUCCACAACACCUUUGCCGCUGUCAGGCCACUCGGCACUCAGCAUUCAAGAACUGGUUGCUAUGUCCCCUGAGCUGGAUACGUAUGGCAUUACAAAAAGGGUCAAAGAAGUGCUAACGGACAACAAUCUUGUGUGGCUGACAAGCCUAAAAAGCAGCAGAAGAGCCAGGAAAUGUGCCCCAAACUCUGCAUUAGGUCAGCGUUUGUUUGGGGAGACAAUCCUAGGGCUAACACAAGGCUCUGUCUCAGACCUUCUGGCUCGCCCAAAGCCCUGGCACAAGCUGAGUUUGAAGGGACGAGAACCCUUUGUCCGCAUGCAGCUGUGGCUGAACGAUCCCAACAACGUGGAGAAGCUGAUGGAUAUGAAACGAAUGGAGAAAAAAGCUUACAUGAAACGGCGACACAGCUCCGUUAGUGACAGUCAGUCUUGUGAGUCCUCAUCCGCUGGCAUAGACUACAGCCAGGGGGCCAGCCCGCAGCCACAGCAUCAGCUGAAGAAGCCCCGGGUGGUGCUGGCACCAGAAGAGAAGGAAGCUCUGAAACGAGCCUACCAGCAAAAGCCAUACCCAUCACCAAAAACCAUUGAGGAACUGGCUACGCAGCUCAACUUGAAAACCAGCACCGUGAUCAACUGGUUCCACAAUUACAGGUCUCGCAUCCGCCGGGAGCUGUUCAUCGAGGAGAUCCAAGCGGGAAGCCAGAGCCAGGCCGGGUCGAGCGAUUCUCCUUCGGCGAGAAGCAGCAGAGCCACUCACAGCUCGGAGGGAGACAGCUGCGACGGUGUGGACGCAGAAGGCCCACCUGAAGGAAAGCCGAGCGGUCCGGAGGCGGACGAGUACAGCAAUGCAACCACAAAGUCUCAGGGAGGGCAAGCGGAGUCGGCUCUGGAAGCAGGGGAAGAGGCACUGCCUGGCGCCAGGCCUUCGGAGAGAGCAGAGCCGUUCCUCUUGGGAGCGGAGAGCCUGGAGGACACCGACGAUGAGGGCAGGCUCAGAGCGCCGCGCCAGAGCUCUCCAGCGGGGUCUCAGCGUUCAGGAGAAGCUCUGGAGACACUGCCCAACUCCGCCACGGAAGGGGAUGCCUCUACCUCAGCUGCCUCCACCUCAGUCCUUACAGGGGAGAGCUCCUACAAGUCAAAAGAAAGUUCAGAGAAAAUCUCCAGCGUGCCAAGUACGAGUUCGACGCCGGCCGCAGGCUCGCAGAAAGCCAACUCUCUCCAGAGCUUGUUCAGCUUCUCCGAGGCCGCGAGCUCCAGGAACACGCGAGACAGCUCCUUGAGGAAAAAGAAAGCAGCAAACUUGAACAACAUAAUCCACCGCUUGGAGAAGGCCGCGAGUCGAGAAGAGGCUGUCGAGUGGGAGUUUUGAGAUUAAAACUCACCCAACUCUGGAGAGCUGGGAAGUGAAACUGGACCUCUACUGGUUUUAUUGUGUUGCGCACUUAACCGCCCUGCGGGCCACAGGGCAAAAACGCCAUAGGCCAAGGUGCAUAUAGAAAACAAAAGGAGCGUUAAGCCCAAUUUAUGUUUGUGUUUUCGAGGAAGAAAACUGAAAUGUGUAGUCGAGCUUUUUUGUACCCUGAAGUGUUUUUAUUAUUGCCCUAAGUGAUUUCCACAAUUUCUGGAAUAACUCAUACAGCUUUGCCUUGUGCCCUCCUCUUUGGUGUGGGCUUUAAAAAAAAAGAAAAACGUUUAAAAAAAAAAUCAAACCCACAUAUUAAAAGGGGGCUUUUUAUCUGCCAUCUAAUGGCUACAGAGCGAUAAUACACUAUUAUCUUCUUAAACCAGGAAAAAAGGGGAGAUUUUUCAAAAAAAAAAGAAAAAAAAAAGAAAGUUUUUUGUAGCUGUUCAGUUGCCACUAAGAGAUUGCACAGUCAACCGACUCUAAACACACUAGUUUGGAUUCCUACAUAUUUUCAAGAAAAGAAAAGAAUCUUGUUGUUUGAAACUUUGAAUUAAAAAAAAGAAAAAACACAUUUACUCCACAUAUUUUUUAACAAAACAAAAAAAAAGUCACAUCAGGAAAAUAUCUUAAUUUGUGGUAGCUGACUUAGUGUUUUCUUGUAAGUGAAAUAGAAUAUUGACACGUAGUGCACAUUGUUUCAUAGCUUUAACUGAUUCUGGUCUUUUGCAGACCAGAAUUUGUUUAAUACACUCCAUUUUAGGCCAAAUCAGGACAAAAAAAAAUCUGAAUCUAGGUAUUUUAUAAUCUGCUUUUUAACCUCUAACCACAGAGCACGCUGAUCAGACCUCAUAUCUAGGAGGUUUAGGAGACAACUUAGAAACAGCAUGUACUUGAUCAUUUCACUUGGUUCAUAGUGUACAGGAUUUCCUUUCAGUAAAGUCAGAUAGCUCAAAAAAACGUUGGCCAGUAACAUUUCAGCCUGCUACUUCGGGGACGUAUUCUGUAACCCGAAAUGUUCAGCUUACCUGGAACCGAUGAAAGCGUAGUUCAUGUGUACGACUGCUGUCACACACCACUAAGAGGGGACUGGAGCUGCCUCAGAUAGAGAAGUUUUCCUGCUGUAGGUGGCCAUUUACUGACUCUCUUCCCACCACAAGCACUGAUUUUAAAUAUGUUUUAGUUGUGGGAAGCUUAUUUUUUACGUGGAAUAAUAGUACAUGGCAAUGACCAGAUGGGCUCUUACCAAGACGGAAGCAGCCCAAACUCCAAACCAAAACGUUCAUGCUCUCGAGUCCCAGUCUAGCCCAUUCUGCCCUGCAGAAAUACAGCCUUUUGCCAUUUUUUUAUGCACAGGUUAGGGCUGAUCAAAGUACAAAUCAAAUUCUAACUUGUCUCUAACUCCUCCUGUUGUCUAUAUGUAUAUGCGUGAGCAUAGAGGUGUGUGGAAGGAUGUGUGUGUGUGAGUGUGUGCGUGCAAUUUUAUACGUCUGUGUAUUUUCUUACGUACUUGUGCACACAUAGAGUGCAUUACUGCCACCUUUUUUCAAUAAGCUGUUUUAUCAGUUAUGGCUUCUACAAGUUUGCUAAUUUAGACUCCUUUAUUGCCAUAUCUUUAAAACUAACAAUAGAUGAUUUCGGAAUAUAUAUAUAUAUAUAAAUAUAUAUAUAUAUAAUUUUUUUUUGCUUAUUUAUAGGUGCUGUAUUUUAUUAUCUGAUUGUUAGGAAGGGAUGAAAGGGGGCAAAUAUUCUUUAGAGGGAUAGACUGCCGGCAGUAUUGGGUAUAAUUUACAAGAUGUAGUUGUCAUACUGUAUAUUAUUGAUUGAAGACUUUUUGACCGUAUUGUGUAUCAUUGAACUUUUGUCUUAGGUCAGCAUCUUUUUGAUGACACUUUAAUGGUGCAUUCAUUACUUCUUAAGUUUAAUUAAUAUUACUUUUCUGAUUUUGGGGGAGGGAGGGAUGGGGAGAGGAGUUCCGACUUUAAAGGUAUGUUCCCAAUAUUACACCUCAGUGUGCUUGUAUUAAUUCAUUAGUAGGAUUUUUGACUGUAAGAUGUGAAACCACAUUUCUUGCAUGAUGUUUUAGAACUUAUGUAUUUCAUUUACAGUCUCUUAACAUGCAACAGCAGCACUUAGCGCAAGUUUCACAAAUUAAGAAUCAGUACACUAAAAUCAAUCCUUUUCAUGAUUAAGAAAAGAAGGCUCUAGGAGGCUGAAAGGCAGGGAUUUGUUUCCUCUUUUUACUGCUAGCUGUUUCAGGGUACCUCCUUGGGUAUUGGGGACUUGUGAUGCAAAACUAAAAUCGAGGAACAGAGAGAGCAACGGCCCCUUUCUGUGAUGAGCUGAGGAGAUGGUCUGUAAUAGCAAACACCAGUGUGUGACAGCCCGUACUGGAAGCGAUUUUGGCUUCUUAUCUGGAGUGCAGUUAGUCCACAGGAAUGGCCAGCAAGGGAAAUAACGUGGUGAAGCAAAGUGUUACCUCUCUGUAUCUGUACAAUGGUCUGGUUUGACGUAAAAAGCACAGCACCAUCUAUAAAUGCGCGUCCUGGUAAAAGUACGCCUACCUUAAUACAAGUCAUAACAAGAUGCGUCUUCAGCCGUGAAGCAAAACUUCUGAUGAGAAGACAGAGAUAUUUUAUGUUCUGAAUUUUUGUCUUUAUUGUUCGGUUCAGGUUGUAUUGUGGUUGUUUGUUUCUUUAGGUAAUUCUAGGCAGUACAUUUGCCGGUCUGUUUCUACUGUCCUUGUCUGCUGAUUUGAGAUCCAGGUGCUUGAUGCAGUCAAGUGGUUACUCUCGGCUUUCUCGAUAGAGAGGUUUCGUGUUUUUUUUUCUGUUUGAUCAUUUUUUUAAAAUUAAUAUUCCCCAAACUGUUCUUGUGCCUGUGUCGAUAUAAUUGCAUUCCAUAAUGCUUACUGAGAGCUCUUGCUGCAUUAUCCGACAGCAGAACUGUAUUCACAGGUUGAACACAAAUGCAGCAUUUAAGGUCGAUCUCUCUUCUUAAUAAGCAAUACGUAAGUGCCUUGAAACUUGUAUCUUUUUUUUUUCCUGUUUGUUUUUAGAUAGUUUUUCAGAUUUCCACUAGUUCUUUAGGGUUCUUUAGCAUCUGCCCAGUUUUUAAUGCUAUAAUGGUUUUUAAAAUGCAUAUCUGUAGCUUGCCCUAGAGGAAAUUUUUCUGUUAUAACACUAACUGUUAAUUCUAAGCUCCAUCAUUACAUUUGAAUCUUGUAAUUUUGCUGGAUAAAGACAGCAUUCACAAGUCAGAAGUCACUCCAUCCUGCCAAGGGUUGUCAUUGGCAUCUAUUAUAAAAUUAAUCAAAUCAAAUGCUGUCAGUAUUUCCUGUAUUUUUGGCACUUUAUUAAUGGCUUAGCUCCUUUUGUUGUUUCAUAUUUAAUGAUCUGCGUUGAAUGUGGAUUAGCCUGCUGAGAUGCUGUGGGGGCAGCCCGGCCGCCCCGCUGGGCGUCACUCGGGGUCCCUUGGUAAGCGCCUCGUUCAGGGCACGGGCAGACGGACGCCCUCAGACCGAGCUUGUAGAGUUGAAGUGAUGCACCCAGCUGUUUGUUCCCGAUUUUUAGCCAAGGUCACAGCUGCUUUUCUGUUCCAUUGGAAAGCAAAAUGGAUUAGCUUGAACUACUGCUGAGAUUCUCUUGUUGGAGAUGAGCUACCUACUGGCUUUCCGAACGGGCAGAGACCUCCCUGGUUCAGAGACUUAACUUCAGCAACACUGAAAGAUUUUAGCUGUAUUUCUGUUCUUGCGCGGCAUUUGAAAGUAACGCUUUUCAGAAAAAAUAUGUAUUGGAGUAACUUUCUUUUUACUUGAUUAACAGAAAAGGACAAAAAAGUUGCAGGAGAAGAAAAGCCAGAGAGUAGCACUGGGGCUUUUUAUAUUCUUCGGUCACUGCGCGGGAAGGCGAGCGGUGUUACAGAGGCACAGGGGACCUGGGGCUCAUCCCGUGGCAUGGUCACUUUGCAGAGCACGGAGCCUGGGAGCAGAGCACUCACUGAUGACAUUUUUCUCCCAAUGGAUAAAAGCACAGAUAGUUUUCAGAAAAGAUGUAAUGCCAGAGUCUAUUUUGUUCUGAUUUGUUUCUCGAGGUUCUUUAAAAAUAGUUUUAUUUUCUCUUUCUAUGUCGAGUUCUAUGCUGUUCUAAAGCUGUGGAUGAAGGGCCCAGGCUAUUUUAACAAAAAUACCUUUAUAUUGCAGCAAAAAAUUGUCGUUUUUCUUUCUGGAUGGUUAGGAAAGGCAAAAGGUGUAAUACUUGUUUAGGUAAAAGUAAGGGAAGAGUAUCCCUUGGCAGAGGGGUCAUCCAGUGUGAUUUUCAAUGCACUUCCAUAUUUGAGGAUACAAAUUUCAGAUGACAGGUUUGCACAUUACGAUUGGCAGAAAUGGUUCUAAUUACAGUUGUUGUUGAUGCCGUAAAAUUUGACCAUUUUAUUUAUUCAUCUGUAAAAUGUCUCUAAAUAGAGCCACAUUUUAAAGGAACCUUUAUCAGUGCGCUCUGUCCUUAUCAUGAAUUAGUGAAUAUUCAGUAAAAAACUCUUUGCUGUAAUAAGAAAGAUCAGUCAUAUAGUUAAAGAGAAAAAUAUAUAUUUACAUGUGCCUUUCUCAUUAGGUGAAAGAUCCUCACAAUAGUUUUAUCAAACUUGUUCAUAUGGGAAUGGUGUAGAGAAGGGGGUUAAUGAAUGCGACAAUUCUAUGCAAUAUUCUCUAUCCAAUUACUUAAAAGUUGCUGGUUUUCAGUCCUUUAAUGGGAGUAAUAGUAAGCUAUAGAGGUGCAUCAUUCUGGUGGUAACUCAAAUUAGAAAGGUGAUACAUUUACCUAAAUUAGGGUUGAGGGAGAUCUGACAAAGUAAUGUACUGAAAUAAUGGAAAAUGGUAACAGUGAUUGCAGUCCCCACUCGCACAGUUGCAGUCAGAAGUCUGUCGUUUUCCAUCUUAAAAUUACUAAUUCCAAGUAUUCUUAAAACUUAUAGGAAAUAAAAAUGCUUCUGGCAAAAACAGCGCUGGUUAGAAACAGGAAAAAAUAAUAUUUUGACCACGUAUAAAUUAUGAGAAUACAUGAAAAAAAAAUCCCUUGGUUUUGGACACUUCCUUGCACUUAAAUCCAAAUCAGUUUAUUUAAACUUAAAUGUUGCAGUAAUCUGGACUAGUGCCUUUAGCAAGGUUGCAAAGAGAUCAGAAAUCUUACUUAGCAAUUUGUUGCAAGCUGAAAGAAAAGCAGUUUGUUGCAUGCAGAUGGAGGGCACUAUUUUUGCUUCAUUUGUGUCUUUUUAACACGUGAGUUUCUUAAACUCUCUCUUCUUACUUCUUGACUCUGUGUACAUAUCCUAGAGUAUUUUCUGUCCUAGAGCCACCCUGUGUGGCUGAGUCCUGUGCUGUGAGUGUUUCUUGAAGACUAUCAGAAACACAGGAGAAGAGAAGUUGGUUCUUACGUGGGGGGGAGGGUGAUUUCACAUUCACUAAAACCAAAUCAUGCCCUUCCCGGGAGUGAAUUGGGUUUUGACCCUGCUGAGACAAUUUGCUCAUAUCUUCUUAAUCCUAAAUGUGACUCACUCAGACAAAACAGCUGUAAAGCAGUAUUCAGUUCACACAUACAUUGGCCUGCUGCAUUCCCCUUGCACUUUCUGUUGCCCCACUACUUGAACAUCAACAUUUUCUUCCUUUGUGUUGCAUAUACAAUCAACUUAUUGAAAAGAAAAAAGAGAGAAUUUAAAAAUUCUGUACAAAAAUAUAUUUUUUUUCCAGUGAUUUAAAAUCUUGCUGGAUGGUUUUAAAUUGCAAGGAGAAUCACUGGCUUGGAAAGCACAAGAUCUAGGUUUCUUUUCUGGCUUAACCUUCUCAGUUUGAGAAGUGACCUAGUGGUCCCUGUCUCCUUCACGUAUGCGUUUGAGCUCUGAAAUGUAGAAAUAUUAUUUCACAAAUAAGUUCUUUCCUCCCCAUCCCUUUUGUGGGAUGUAUUGACUAUGCCAUAUGUAAAAUAUAGUUAAUAAUGAACUUUAAAGCAAGACAAGCCCUUUAUGCUAUGCCUAGGGACUAAUCCUACAUGACCAGGUCAUGUACCCUACCCCGUUAAUAUGCAAGGAUAUAAAGUUUCUAUGCUCUGAAGGUGAAAUUUAUCCUUUUGGAGAAGGUUAGCAUUAGGCCUGUGCACUUAAGUUUUCAAAAAAGCCUUAAAAUAGGUGUGUGAGUGGUGCCAUCUCUCUCCUCAGGGAUGAUUUUCCCCCCAGUCCACUGGUACUGUGGCAUACGGGAUGCAAGUUAUUAGUUGUAAGGUCAUUUCCCAGCUGAACGAAGUCAUUCAUUGAAGUUUUAUUAGUGAGAACCUCUGGUACAGCCAAGGACCAAGGGCACCCACUUUUCCCACAACCUCUGUGUCAAACCCCAAACCCUUGGCUGUCCAGGGAAGCAUGCAUUUCUACAACUAGUUUAUGAAUGAGAAAAAGAUGGUCUGAUGCACAGGGUUGGUUUUUCAUUACUAGUCACAAACAUGUUGAGACACAAAAGUGCUUUAAAAGGAAAUGUCCCCUUUUAAAAAAUUAAUGAGAUUAUUGUAUUUUUCCUUGUCCAGCUGUUCUACAAAGGGCAAUUUCUGCCAUUGUUCAGGCUUGCUUUACUCGUGUGAUGCUAGUAGAAGGGUUUUGCCACAGUUCUGUUAUUUCUUAUGACCAAAACCGUUGGUUUCGUAGUAUCGUUUCUGGUUGUCUGUUGAAACAGACACAUGCCAAGAAUGACUGAAUUCCUGACCAUAGCAAAAUAACGUAGGAAACAGUACAGCAAAAGUAGACGGCUAAAGUCCCCACAAUAUCACGUCUUUGACUUUCUGUUUGAUUCUUAGAGACACUUGUACAACGUAGUACAAUCUUCAUCCAAAGAUCCAUGGAAGUGGAGAGUCAGGCCAGGAGUUCCCUGCUGCUUAGGUGACACACUUGCUUGUGGCAUAGUUACUGUGUAAUUCUGUGGUAAUGUUCAUAACAGCACCAUCUCUCUGUUGGUAACAGGAAUCAUGGCAUUAAGUCGUGUUACAUCUUCUGUCGAUGCGGGUAAUGAAUAUGCAUUUUUAGGAGUUGUUAAGUGUGUAUGUACAUGAUUCCAGUAUGGGAAGCCCCCUGUAUGUAUAAUAUUUACAUGCUUGGUCUCGGUGGGGCAGUAGAAUUGCUACAGCCAGAAUCAUCAAAUCAUUUGGGGCAUAGGUGAGUGGAGGCUUAAAACUACUUUGUAUCUUAAUGCAUAGCAUGCUAUUUUCCCAUUUGUCGGAUGAGUUCCGUGUUGUAAAUGCAGGAUUAUUCAUCUGAGAGGUCGGAUUUCUUGAGAUAUGCGGGUUCAGCUAACCUGGGGAGGGAGAAGAUCAUGUUCAGAAUACAUAAAAAUAAUUCCGAGGGUCUGAAAUGUGCAAAAGCCAGGUAAUUUGAAAUUAAGGGUCAAACUUUGUCUGUAACAUCCCGUAACAGUUGGUGUGAGGGGUUUGCUAUGAUGUGGCCUAGGAGAAGUUAAUAUGCUAGAUAGCUGCACAAGUAAAUUAUACUGUGCUAUAUUUAUGUACAGUGGGAAGAUGGAGAGUAAAGAAUUUUGCCAUGUAUUUAAACAAUUGCAAAAACCACUGAUCGGUAAAUUUAGCCAAGUAACAAGUACAAGCAAGUGGUUUGUUCUUGCUUUCCCUGAGCUGAAUAUUCAAGUAUUCUUGGGAAUGAGAUUGAAAUUCUCUACUUCACAGUUCCUCUUGGAAGACAAGUGCUGUGUGUUCAAGAGAAGAACUAAAACUUGGCACUUGACUUGCUCUGAAGUACAAUCCUAUCUCCAAGUAACUAAAAAAAAAAAAAGAUGUUUUCUACAAUCAGUCCUUCAGUCAGACUUCUCUGGCUUUUGUUAGUUUACAUUAGACCCUUAGUACUAUUUUGAUGUAUUAUUUAUGUGAGUAAAUUAUUACUAGCUUUAAAAGUGUUUCCAAAGUACCUAGUUACCUCUGGAUGCUGGUACAGGCUCUGCUGCAAGUGCUUGAGCAUCUGGCUCCUAAAGGAGACGUGUGGGGAAUAAGCAAGGUCACCUCUGUGUUGUCCUUUUCUUUUUCCUUGAGCAGGGCUUCCAUUUCCUUUCACCUCCUCAGGAGGUGGGGAUCAUGGAAAGGUCUUUUAUGGGGGAAAGAGGUUAGUUUAGUUUGAAAUGGUUUUAUUUUAAUUCAACAGGCAUGUCAUCAAAAUCCUGUACGUUACUGCAUUUCCCAUUAAGUUUUUAGUUCUCGCUACUUUCCUAAAAUGUAGUCUUUAACAAACUUUCUAUACUUGGAAAGCUAUGUGCCUUAUUUUCUAAUCUCUUCGUGGAGAAUAAUCUAAAGCACAGUGAUCUAGAUCGCAGCAUUCACAGCUUUUCACUUGGGUGGGGGGAAAGCAAGCGCCAACCAAGGAGCACUUGCGUGGCCCAGCGUUAGUUGCCCCCUUGCUACUGAGCACUUCAAACACUGUGCGUUAAGUCUUCGUGCAAUAGAAAUUCUCACUCUGCAUCUGGAGGCCCCGUCCACUGAACACAGGCGAGCGCAAGCACUGGUUUAGAGAAUUCGGGUUCCUGACGAACAGCCCUGCCUGGCUUGGCUCCAGCAGCACGGAGGGUACAGGCUUCGAAAGCCCAGCAUUGCCCGGUGGCGUUAACGCUCCCAAGGCCCGUGCUGUGCCCGCAGGUCUGUCCGCAUUCAGGAACCGCUCAUGGGCUCCAGCCCUCGCUAACUGCUACGUGUCCUUCGUGCCAUUGGGAAUCCAUGCUGUCUGUCUUGUCUUCAGGGCUGGCUGGGGGGGCCGAGGCACUGUAGGGUCAGUCCCAUCGCGUUGGGUCUGGCGAAGCUCGGGCUUCCUCCCACCUGCAUCCUCAGCCCUCAGCAGCACUUCUGUGUCACGCUCCAAGCUUGCUCUCUCUACAGCAUCAUAAGGUGAAAUAUAUAAAGGCGGUUUGUAAUUAGGAAAACAAUCUAACAUUUCCUAUUUAUGAGAUUAAUUUUAACAGUUUCUUUUUUUUUGAGGUUUGUUUUUAUUUGAUACGAACACAACAGGAGUAUACAUAUCCCGUGAGCAGACACUGGAGAAAGUUGGAUGGAGUGGGGUGCUGUCGGCUCGUAUCCAUAUCAUUGUGCCCCUGUUGUGUUUCCUAGAGCAAUCAUUUUUUUAAAAAAAAAAAAAAGUAUUUUAUCUAAAUGCCUAAUAAAUAAUAUUAUUUAAAUAGUUUUAAAAUAAUUUAGGACUGAGAAUAAGAAGCCUCAGUUGUGAGAGAAGAGACUUAAAAUAUACAGAGAGAGAAAAUACCCUUAGCCUCCUAGAGCCUCUACUGAGAAUUUCAUGAAGAUGCAGUGCCCCUUUGUCAAAGUACAUUGUGAUUUACUCGCGUGUUAAUUUAAAAUGAGAGACUGGUUUCCUGUGAUGUUCAUCUUUGUUGGCAUAUGUUUGAAUUUCUGAAUUCAAAGCUGAUUUUCUUCUCAUUCAAAGUUGGUCAAGAUUUAAAACAAAAAAAAAAUUUAAAAAAAUCAAAAAAAAAAAGGAAAAAAAAGAAAAAAAAAACACCUGGUGCAGCAGCAACUUUUCCUGGUGUGAACUCUGGAAAUGCACAUUGUAAAUUGAUCUUUGUCACGGAGGAGUUGUUUAAGUUUUCUUGCGGUGUGGAAACACGUUCAGACAGGCUGUCCCUGGCUAGGUAACAUGUCACGAGUGAGCGAGAGAAAAGCUGCAGAAGCAAAAAUGAAAACCGUUGCGCUAGAAAUUCCCCCUGCUUGCGGCAGGGGAGCACGUGUCUGCACGAGGGACGAGGGACAGGGCAGAGGGCCGCCGGUGAGCACCGAGCCGGCCGGCCCCAUGGUAAGACCUUAUGGUGGGCAAAGGGGGAAGGUGCUGAGCUAGUUGCAGGGCACAUCACCACUUCUGUGGAUUUGGAAGCAAAUUUGCACUUUGCCUUUCAAGGGUGUCCCACUAAAAACCAUCAGAUGCAUUUCCCACGCGAGGUUUUUUUUUUUUCCUUUGACGUAGUCUGAAAGAAAAGAAAAAAAGGCCCUAUGGUAACGAUUGGAUAACCUCAGCAAAGAAAAAGCUUGUUCCUGUCAGAAUACUCUAUGCAUUUCUGUGUUGCAAAGCGUUUUCUGCCGUUCCUUUCACAAAAGCGGGCACUGUGCGCCCCACUCGCUGGAAAUGCUCCGCGAAUGUCAAAUGUACGAAUUUGGACUUUAAUUCCAAAGCAGAUGGAGGCUGGCUGGGGUGGGGGGGAUUUCUUUUUUUUUUUUUUUUAAUUGUUUCCCUCAUGUCCCUUUUCAUUUUUUAUUAAAAAAAUUAACUCUUUGCAUUUGUGCAAUAACUACUUGCCAUGAUAAUGGGCAGACCUUUGAAAUGCCCCGACUACUAACACAGCACAAGAUGAACUCAAACAGAAAGUGGUGUACUUUUUCCUGAGAACUUUUUUUUUUUAAAUAAUAAGCUCAGUUUUUACCCCAGUGUAUUGUGGUGUCUUACAUUUUUAGCAGUAUUUUAUAUUUUUUCUGUAACGCACUAAGUCUUAGAUGUUUUUAGAGCUUGUUUGUUAUAUUCACAAUCACAGAUUAAAAAAAAAAAGAUCCUCACAAAGACCCAAUUGACCAAAAAAGUGUCAUUUUUUGUACAAGUAGCUUUGAGAAGCCCACAUUGUGUUGCUGU